AUGCUCGACGCCAUGUCUUUCCUGCGGAUAUUACGGGUUCUACGCGUCGCUAGGCUGCUGCGCGUCUGCCUGGCCCUGCGGGUGCUGGCGAGGGCCUUCGUCAGCGCGUUCUCCGCCAUGGCCUGGAUCAGCGCGGUCGUCCUCAUCCUGAACUUCGUGCUGGCGAUCCUGCUGACCGUGUUUGUCGGGCAGAACGCUGCCAUGUGGGAGGCCAAGGCUGACGAGGUAAAUUUGUGGUUCGGCUCCAUAUGCAAGUCGAUGCAGACGCUGUUCUUGGUCAUGACGCUCUCUGGUUGGGAGGACAUCGCCGCCGUGCUGUCGGAGGUGUACCCGCCGGCGUCCGUGUCCGUGGCGUUCGUCCUGUACGUGAUGGUCAGCUUCUUCACCGUGCUGAGCCUGACUACGGGUGUGGUGACCGACUCGUUCAUGACUGCCCAGCGGGACGAGGAGGCGUUCCGGCGGGCGCAGCUCGAGGAGCAUCGUACAGCCUUCGCGAGCGCCCUGGCGAGCGUCCUGUCGUCCUGCACGCAGAGCAGGAGGGGGUACCUGUGCCGCGACGAGUACUGCGCCGCGCUCGAGGCCCACCCCGUGUUGCUGAGCAAGCUGCGGAGGAUAGACAUUCACACCAGCGCCGACGACCUCCUGCAGCUCUUCGACCGCGUCGCCCAGGAGUCCGACUUGGAAGGGUCCGUCAGGAUCGGGGUCCUGGUGGAGGCUAUGACGAACAUCAGCGGUGCGGCGAGGAGCUCCAACCUGCUGGACGUGAAGUACUCCGUGCAGGCCAUGCGCAGGGAAGCCACGGACCAGGCCGCGGGCUGCCGCUCCGAGGCGGUGCGGCGCCACGAGGAGGUCAUGGGGAACUUCGCGACGGCGCAGGAGGUGGCCGACGCCCUGCGGGAGGUGGCAGAGGCUGGGCGGCGGGAGGCGGCGGCCGCCCGCCAGGCGGCCGCGGCCUGCGUGGAGAGGUUUUCCUCCGUGGCCAGCGUGGCGACUGUGGCGCAGAAGGUUGAGGAGCUCGGCAGGCGCGUGGAGGCGGCGGAGGUGCGCAGCUCCGAGAACUUCGAGGCCGUCAACAGGAAGUUGGAGACCUUGUCUGCUCAGGUUUUGAGUCAGCUCGCCAUGCUGGGCUCAAAGGUUGCAGAUAGCUCUGCCUCCACGAGUGCAACUACAUCGUUGGUGACCCACCCGAAGGAGGAGCCGGAGGGGCAGCCACCGGCGGACGAGUGCGAGGCCGACGGUGGGGCUCUCCGGCAG